AUGGCAGGUGGCACUUGGUCGUGGAACACGAAUGAAGGGUCGCGACGUGACCCAGCAGGAAGUGAGAACUGGAAGUGCGCCCAACCCGAGUGUGGUUGUGGCAAGAACCGCAGCUGGUUCACUUGGUGCAAGCACUGCCGCCGCCCUGGGUACGAAGUCGUCGGCGGCAAGCUCGGCGACCACCCUUGUGAGGCGGGCGGCGGCAGGAAGAACAGGCAGCGCGGAGGAGGAGGCGGAAUGGCGCUCGCGCUCAUGGGGGGCGCGGGCAUGCCGCCGGACAUCACAAUCGAAGAGAUCGACGCGGUGCUUGCCAUGGCCACCAAGUUCGGUGACGAGGGCGCCAAGUCCCAGCAUCAAGUUUGGAGGAAGCAGAAGCUGGACGCUACCAAGGUGCCUGUGGAGAAGCCGUUGGAGAGGCAGGCCAACGAGGCGCCCCAGCAGUUCCGCAUUUUGGAGAAGAGACUCAACCGUUAG